GGCGGGGAUACGCCCACCGAAGGGAGGUGACAACUCCCGUAAGGUGGAGGUGAAGUUGUCGAUGGCACUGGCAAAGCAGAUCUUGCAGUCUCUUGCGAGGCACUUCACUGAUGAAGGUCCUCACGGCAAGGACCCCGGCAAGGGUUCGAGGCACUGGCUGUGCAACUAUUGUGAGACUCGGUUCGUCGAUACGAAGUCAGUCCUCAAGAAGCACUUCAUGACGAAGUGCAGUAUUGAGCUUGUGACUCGGGCAUUGACAGGGGAGGAAAGGGUGAUGAGAAUCGAGGGCAUCCGGUUGGGGAAGCACCAGGCCAGUCAGCUCGCAGGCGCAAUUGGUGGAAGUGGUGGUCCGAGCACAGGACCGUCUUCCAGUAGUUUCGUGCCUCCAUCAUCAUCAACACAGAGGCCGACUGAUGGUGAGACGCCAUCGCUUGCAGGAUCUAAGACAUGCUUCCCUCCUGCCCUUGGAAGUGGUGGACGAUCGGUGAGGCAAACUUUGCUCGAGGAGGCGGACAGUGUCGUCACCCGGAACGAGCAUAAGAGUCGGAAGAUGGAUCGGUGGCUGAUUUGCACAAAUCAGCCAUUCAGCAUGGUGAACAACUUCUCCUUCCUUGACUUCAUCGAUGCUGUGAAGAAUUGCCAUCCCAGUUGGCGGGCUUGCAAGAGGGACGAGAUGAGGACAAAAAGGUUGGACGGGCAGUAUAAGUUGGUGGGGGAAGACACGUGGUCACUAGAGAUCGGUGCGGGGUCCAUUGUCGGUGUUGUGAUGGACAAUGCGAGGGUUUGCGCCAAAGCGGGGAAGAUAGUGGAGGCCAAGUACCCCGGUAUUUAUAUUGUGGGUUGCACAGCCCAUGCCUUGGAUCUGGCCCUGGAGGACAUGUACAAGUGCAUGGACUGGCUGAAAGAGGUCGUCGACAAGGGCAAUCAAGUUGGCAAGUUUUUCACCAACAUCGACAAGGUCCGCGCAAUGUACAACAGGAUCGCGAGUGCACAACUCAAACGUCCGGCGGUCACAAGAUUCACGACGAACUUUGAGAUGCUUCAGUCGCUGAAGGCGGGGAGGAAUCCGUUGGAGCUCUGUGUCUGCAAUGCGGCGUGGGUGGAAAAGUUGGUGAGGGGGGAGCAGGUGGUGGCAUUCAACGUCGUCACCCACAUCAUCAUGGACACGAAUGGCUUCUGGAAGGUUGUGGAUAAGGCCAUUGAGGUGAUGGAGCCAGUUGUCAAGCUCCUUCGUUUGGUGGACGGUCCAGGAGCAACUAUGAGCAAAGUGUAUUUCGGCAUGGACACGGUUGUGGUUAGAAUGCGCACGUUGGACUGCUUGUCGGAGACUGAGAAGGCGGAUGUGGAGAAUAUUUUGAUCGACCGGUGGGCGGUCAUGACAUCAGAGCUGCAUUGCGCGGCCGCCUUCCUCGACCCCGAGUACAGGACGCACACCGUGCGAGAUACGGAGAUUCGCGAGGGGUUCAACAUCUGGCUUUACUCUUGGGCGCCGCCGGAGUUGCUGCAGGGAGAAAUCAGUAGACAACUGGACAUGUAAAUGCAGGGAUUGGGCACUUUGGGGUCACAGAACGCAAGGGAUCAUGCGAGUUCGAAGACU